AUGGCUCCUUCACAGUACGGAGCGACAGCAUAUGUGCUGCUCACUGUCAUCUCUGUAAUUACUCUCAAGGAACUCAACACUGAGGUCCAAAAACCGUACAUGGAUGAGCCGUUCCACGUCCCGCAGGUGCAGGCAUACUGUAGGGGAGAGUGGACCUACUGGGACCCGAAAAUAACUACGCCUCCAGGAUUGUAUGGCCUGACCAUAAUAAUGAAGAACAUCUUCCUCUUCAAAUGCAACCUCCCCACUCUCCGUCUCACACCGCUCGUCACCCUCCUCGUCCUUCCGUUUGCAUUAACACGCCUCCUCUGCUUCCACCAACGCGUCCGCACACCAUCCUCCUCAUUCGUACCAACUCUCGACGCCGUCGUUCUCUCUGCCUUCCCCAUCGUCUGGUUCUUCGGUUUCCUAUACUACACCGAGGUUCCGAGUCUCCUCUUUGUCGUCUCCACGAUCGUUGCGUCUUCCCAGAACAAGCACAAGCUAGCAGCUCUGCUAGGUCUCAUUAGCUGCACGUUCAGACAGACGAACAUCAUAUGGGUGCUGUAUGCCUAUGCGUCGAGUCAGUUGAUGUAUCUCAAGUAUAGGCGUGUGGGGAACGACGGGAAGCCUCCUGCAAAGUUGCAUGAUCCGCCUGCCUUGGAUGCCGGACCAAGGGACCUUAUUCGGACGGUCCUGAGUCUGCCGGGAGUGUUGCUGGACAUCUUGCCUGCGUUCAUUCCUUAUGCCAUCGUCUGCGCUAUAUUUGCUGGGUUUGUGAUAUGGAAUGGAGGAAUUGUCUUAGGUGACAAGUCAAACCAUGUCCCUGCGUUCCACAUCCCGCAACUGUACUACUUCGUGGCGUUUUCUACCAUGCUUGGAUGGCCUGUACUAAUCAGCACACACGGUGGCCCUCGUCUGCUGAUGCGUAAGGUAUACAACAAAAUGUUCAAAACCCCGAGCCGAAUAGCGAUCACUCUUGUACUCUCCCUCAUCAUGGGUGUUACCGUACACAAAUUCACAAUACACCACCCCUUCUUACUGUCUGACAAUCGGCACUACACAUUCUAUGUAUGGAAGAGGCUUUUCUUACCCCACCCUAUAGUGCCCUACCUCUAUAUCCCCGGCUACAUCGCCUGCGCAUGGAUGUGGUUCUUGACCAUCGGCCGGGACAAGUCGCAGCUACAAGCCCUUCUCCUGCCCAUUUGCACGCUACCUAUCCUGCUCCCUACACCCCUAUUGGAGCCUCGAUACUUCCUGAUACCCUAUAUUCUUAUGCGAGCGCAGGUCGUGGACGUGCCAGUCUGGGGUUUGCUGUUGGAGGGUGCGUGGUAUGCUGCAGUGAACGCGGUGACGAUGUGGGUGUUUUUGUACAAAGAGAGGGUAGGCGUCGGACGUUUUAUGUGGUAGUCUCGCGUAC